AAAUUGGAAGAAACUCGACAUCUCAAGAGCUGGAUGAGGAGCUUAGCAUUCUUUCCAGAAUCAAUGGUAUCUGGGGAGAAAAAGAAUGUUAAGGAAAAGCAAAACAUUAAUUUUUAAAUACUUUCUUAAUCUCAUUAAUGGAGCUUUCUUGGUUCUUGGACUUUUACUCAUGGGAUUUGGUGCAUGGCUUUUAUUAGAUGGAAAUAAUCUUUUCACAGCUUUGGAUGAAAAUAAUCACUUGGUAGUGUAUAUUUUUCGAAUUUUGAUUGGAAUUGGAUCUGCUACUGUUCUUCUUUGUCUCUUGGGUUAUUUGGGAAUUUACAAUGAAAUCAGAUGGCUCCUAAUUCUGUAUGCAGUACUGUUGAUGUGGGCCUCUGGUGUUCAGGUUGUACUUUCAGCACUCAUCUUCACAAAGAAAGAGGAGGUUCACCAAGUGUGGCAUGAACAAAUUGAUUUAGUCAUUUCUCAAUAUGGAUCUAAAAAUAUGCCUGAAGACAUCCCCAAGUGGACUAUUCUGAAUGCUGUACAGAAAACAUUACAGUGUUGUGGCCAACACAAUUACACAGAUUGGAUAAAGAAUAAGCAUAAAGAAAAUUCAGAACAAGUGCCAUGUUCUUGCACGAAUUCUACAUUGAGAAAGUGGUUUUGUGAUGAGCCACUGAAUGCAACUUACCUAGAGGGUUGUGAAAAUAAAAUCAACAUAUGGUAUCAUGCUAAUGCUUUAACAUUAAUUGGAAUUAACUUUGGACUUUUGGCUUCAGAGGUUUUGCAAGUCUCAUUAACUGUUUCUUUCUUCAGACAUAUCAAGAAUAGAAUAUAUGCAGAAAUGUGAUCUUUGGAUUUUAAUUCAUCCAGAAGAAACCAAUUAAAUCUCAAAAUAAUCACAUGUAUUCUUUUUUAUUCCAAAAUAAAGUUUUGAAUUACAUUAAUUAAGUUUAGCGCUUAUUGAAGUCAUUGGUUAUAU